AUGAUGGGAGUAACCAUCCCCCCUCCUGUUCCACCGGUGCCACGGCCCAGGAAUGUCCCAGCUCCAGUUGCUCCUGUCGUGUCUGCACCCAUUCCUAAGGGGAAGGGGAAGGGGAAAGGGAAAUGGAAAUCCUCCCAAACCCCAGCCCCUCCCCCUCCUAGUACCUAUCCGUCUGUCUCGGUAGUGGAGGCUGGGCCGUCAGCGGCCACGCUGAUGGCGCAGGCCAACCCGCCGCGUCAGACCAAAAAGCCCACCCCUACUCCUCGUGGCCGAGCCCCAAUUGUAGCUGUCAACACAGCCCACGAUACUCGCCAGACAGCUGGCCCAGCCCCUAAGUCCUCGAGAAACAAAAAAAAGAACCAAAAAAAGAAGGAGAGGAGGAAACUAAUAAAGAAAUUGGCGAGAGAGGAAACUGCCAGAAAAAUGGAAGUCGACCAACCGGCGCAAGAGGCUAUGGAAGCCAAUAUAAAUGCCGACACCAACCCUCCACAGCUGGAGGGUCAAAUCAUGCCUCAAACCCAAUCUGAAACGUUGGGCAAUACUCUGCCCCCUCUUCCUCCCCGCCCUCAGCGCGAGCAGCGCAGCGGUCGGCAGGCCUCACAACCUGUCGGCUUCGCUGCAUGGCUUCUCGCGCUCUGGGAAAAAUUGUCCGAGGUGGUCUCCGGAGUGAUCCGCGAGAGCGCCUCGGGAUAUCCGGGACAGGCACCCAUCCCGGAAAUUGAUGUCAACGCCCUCUCGGAGACAGCAUCCGGAAAGUAA